AUGUCUGCCAAGGGUCCCUUCCACCUCGUUACUGUCAACACCGCACCAGAGCGCGCGAAGCGCCUCAUCGGCCGCGUUGCCGAGGCCCUGAAGGAUCGGUACACUAUCGUCCACGUCGAUAACUGUGAAAAGAUCGACGAGGUCGAGGCCAAGGUUAAGCAACACAACCCUGAAGUUCUGUUCAGCGCCUCGAUGUGGUCCGCCGAAGAGGCCCAGCAGAUUCACGAGAUUGCUCGUUCCGUCCGUCCUGACAUCAAGCUCCAUGCCAUCCCCGAAGGCUUGCAGGUUGAGCGAGGCCCGGACGCCAUUGUGGAAUAUUUGUGUGAGAAGGUCCCCGUGCUGCUGGACAGCUAG